AUAUUUAGGUGGCCGGAAUGUUGGCAUUCUACAUUGUGACAAAAGGUAAACAUCCCUUUGGGAAAGAACCUGAUCGACUUCGCAACUUAAUUGAUGGUAAAGCAGCUCAUAUGGAUGAGGUGAAAGAUCCUGCCGCAAAAGAUUUGAUAUCCUGGAUGCUCAGCCACGAUCCCAAAAAUAGACCUUUGGCUGAAAAAGCGCUAAAACACCCUUAUCUUCAGUCCGAGAAACGGCAGUUUGAAAUGCUGUGCCGAGUUGGAAACCAACUCGAAAUCAAGAUACAGGAUAUCAAAUCAGACGUCGUGCGAGAAUUAAAUAAGCUCAGUCCCAAAAUUUGGAGUGAUCAGUUGGAUCGCAAAGUUUUACAGUAUUUAUGCACCGAUUUUGUGAACGGCACAAAACAUGUGUACGGUACAAAACAUGUGUACGGUUCAUCCUGGACCGAAUGCUUACGAUUUAUCCGAAAUGUUAACGAACACUGGCAUAACCGACCGUGUUCAACGCGGGGACCCAUUGAAGAAUCAUUAGUGGGCAAUCCCCAAAAAUAUUUCAUUACUGUCUUUCCCUAUCUUUCUGCUGAGGUUCAUAGAAUUGUCAGAUCAUGUAACUGGAAAGAACGAUCUGACCUUAAGGAAUACUUUAUGUAGCUAAAUAUUGCAUGCAGGCAUAAAAUUUGUUCCGAACGUCAAAAGCAAUUUGUAGUAUUUUAGGAAGCCUAAUUGCACGUAUCACAGUAUCUCAUAAACCGCAAUUUAUAUAUACUUGUAGGCCAAAUGGCAAUAAAAUCCAUAGAUGGAAUGUACACCCGAUCACGAUUCAUGUCUCUACUUUUCUUAUUCCUACCCUUAAAAUCCAC